AGGCUCACAAGGAAAACAAGUCUGGCGGGUAUUUCAAGAGCAAGCAUGCCACUCGGCGAUUCUCUACAGUGCAGUACUAUUUUUUAGCCAUCUCAACAUCUUUCAGCUUCUUCUUCUAGUCGUUCAAAGAUUCUCACCGCCAUGACGUCGAAAGCAGCUGCCGGCAAGCGAGCUAGGGGGAUCAACUUCGAUCAGGUGUGCAGGCUGCAUGGAUGCUUCAUGGUCUUCUACGGGCUCGUCGUCUUCCUCUCCUGCGUUGCAGAGCAGUACGAGUCGUUGAGCUGGCUGACCAACGCGGGCCUGCGGCUGAACCUCCUCUACUCCUCGGCCAGCGGCAAAGACCCUCACGUGAACGCAGUCUACAGGAUAUUGGCGCUGUGCAUGGCAGCCAUCGGAAUGUACGAGCUGAAAAUCCCUGAGCUGGACGAGAGAUACAAGAACUACUUCAGCAAGGCUUUCGUCCUCUACUUGCUACCAUGCGGCUUGUGCUUCUUCUACGACGCCUCUCAGCCGUACGCUGGUCCAAUGGCGAUCGCCACCGCUAUCGUGCCGACCUUCUUUGGGCUGGCAGGAGCUUACACCCUCAUCAACAACUGCAGGAGAAGAGCGUUCAACAUCGACGAGGAGAAGCUGGCUAGCGUGAACUAG